ACACUCCAGGUUGAGCUGUCAAUUCAUCUUCGCUCUUCUUCUUUUCUUUUGGUUCUCCACAGUCUCUGCUCUGCCAGUCCAGUUCUCCAAUUCUCUGAACAGUUGUUCACUUGCAAAGUUGUACACCUUGUGUUGUGAGUUUGGGAUGGCCGAUUGGAGCAUGGAACCCGCUGUAUGGGUGCCCAGCGAUUAUCAGCUGUCCGAUUGGUCCAUGGAACCUGCACCUGCAGCAUGGGUUUCUGGCCUCCCUAUCGAGUAUCUGUCGACUGAGAUGCUUGGUAGCAGCUGCUACCAAUACCAAGUAUCUGUCCCUGGCUCAAGUGAAGGGCAGCAGAAGCUGGUUGAGUAUGCAGCAGCUGCAGCCACUGCCACGCCGGCUGAGCAGAGGAGAGCCGGACAACAGCAACGACGUGAGGUGGCUGAUUUCCAUGCGACGGAACCAAAGAUGAACCAUAGUCCGAUUCGUGUGUUUGAGAAAUCGGCACACGAGUUCAAGGUGGACAUCGACAAGACGAGGACCAAGAUGCAUAGAUACCCUACAUACUUCCCAGAUCUCGGCCCACGGUACAACGUCCCCUCGACGGUGGCCAUCGGCCCUUACCACCACCAUCGUCGUCACCUCCAUCCGGCCGAGGACGUGAAGCAUGUGGCCGCUUACCACUGCAUCAAGCAGUCCGGCGGCCACACGGUCCAGGAGAUGUACGACGCGGUCGUCUCGGUGGCCGACGUUGCCCGGAGCCUCUACGACAAGGAUGUGGUAUCAGGUAUCAGCAACGAUGACUUCCUUCCUAUGAUGUUCUACGAUGCUUGCUUCCUGGUGCAGUACAUGCUUACUUGCACCUCCGAUGGCCUGGACGAGAUGGACGACUCGUUGCGUAGCUUCUUCGACUCCAACGACGAAGCCAUCUUCAACGACAUCAUGCUGCUCGAGAACCAGCUCCCCUGGCUGGUGAUGGAGGCCCUGCUGAGGUUCAGGCCUGUGCCAUUGGAGGACUUCGUGACCGCGUUGAAAGGCUUCCUGCAGGACCGCAAGGAUCUCAGCAUUCAUACUGUUGUGUUGGAUGAUUCCUUCCAGCCGCCGCAUCUGCUUGGCCUCCUCCGGUUCUACGUUGUAGGACGCAGCAACGCCAUCGCCAAACGGAAACCCCUACCCCCAACUGAGUUCAUAUCGUUUUCUGUUAGCGCUGUGGAGCUUGCACAGAUCGGCAUCACCCUCGCCGUCAGCAAGACAACGGAGCUCAUGGAGAUCGGCAUCCACAAAGGGAACUUCUUCGGAGAGCUCUCCCUGCCUCAGCUGUCCCUGGACGCCACAAACGCCAGCAUCCUCGUCAACAUGGCGGCUUUCGAGCUGUGCGCCACCCCGAAUUUUCAGGCCGACCUCGUGGACGAGAACUCUGCUGUCUGCUCCUACCUGCAGCAUAUGGCCAUGAUCGUGGACCGGGAGGAAGACGUGCACGAGCUUCGAAGCAAGCGCGUCCUGCAGGGAGGAGGAGGGCUCACCAACAAGGAUGUGCUCGAAUUCUUCACCAGCCUGCAGGACCUGCGCCUUGGAUCCUGCUACGUCCGCACCAUGGAAGAGAUUGAGAGCUAUAGGAAAAGGAGGUGGAUCUGGAUCGUCAUACUCAAGUUUUACAACGAGAACAAGAGAACAAUCGCCACUGUGUUCUCUGCUGUUGCUGCACUCGCUGGUAUUUUAGGGACGCUCAUGUCUCUCAAGAAAUAAGCUUGUGAUUAAGCUGUCGUGCUUCGAUCGAUCGAUAUUACAGUAUGUUGUAUCUUUGGUAACUAAAAUUCUUUGUGUCUGAACUCCAUUUGCAGUGAAAUGUUGGCAGUUUUUGCCU